CUAAAUUUUUCACAAAUUCAGAAUGUAUGUAUCCAGUCGGGAAAUAAUGGCCCGCAUUGCGUAGCAGUAGCACCGGCCGCAUGUACGGGGGGAAGAAUUAUAGCAACAUCGUGGUGCGUAGCUAGUAUUUGCGUUUCUUCGCGUUUCGGGUGAGAGCAAAAAAUGCGUUCGUAAAAAAGUAGAUUGCGACUUCUCGCGGCUAGUACCCUCACCACGCGGCUGAAGUGUACUUACAAGAUCUCGCCAGCCGCCUUGAGGCAGCUGCUUUUGUGCACUGCUUUCUUCAUUUAUUAUUGCGGUUUCGGUUGCGGUUCUCGUAAGAACUCUUGGCCAUUGUGGUGGUUCACGCGGACGACUACAGGUGCUCUCUCAUUAACGGUGGAGAGGUAGCACCUACGCCAAGCAAAACGGAACCAGGUUGGUGAGGGUCAACGCGACGUCAAGGAGGGCCCGGCUUGGAAGCGGAACCUGUACAACUAGCUUUCCCGCGUCAUAGGGUCGUGUUCACAUUCCAACUUUACCAACGCCCAAGGCUCGGCCAUGAAUUUGCACGUUCAAGGUGGAGUAUCAUCAAGCGCAAGCGGCAGAAUGGCACCGGCACAGGGAGCACGAUCGUCCGGAGCCGGACCUGUUCCGGCAGCAGCUGCUCUGACUGACGCGUUCUCCGCCGGCUUGCUCGUGGCUGGUAGUGGUGCUGCGUCGACCGACAAACUGGUGGAAAUGCAGCAGACCAUUUCGCAGCUGACCUCGGAGAAGAAGAUGUAGGACUUUUUGGUGGUAGGAGUGUGAAUCACCUUUUAGAUGAUGUAGGACUUUUUGUUCCUUUUUGGUUCAUUAGGUCCGUGAGUAUCUGAGUUGAAAAAUUUGACGUUUCAAUGCUUUCGCCUUCACUCGUAAAUAGUUCCUAGAACCAACAAUGUCAAAAUCAGGUACAUGGAUAUGGCCCACGCUUUGAAGGGAAACAUCCGUGUCUUUAUGGAAUUUCGCAAACAUCACAAAGGUUUAAAAAUGCAUUUCUGUCGUACAAGUUGCAAUUGUAGUACUAUACGCCACGAAGAAGGCAUCUGCUGUUUUUGCUGUUAUCUUUUCGUUCGACGGCGCUGUCUCACUCUGCGGCGCGGGGUCUUCCCCGUCAAAAGCAUGCGUAGGAGAAGUAGUGGGCAUUUCGUGAAGAAGAAUUAGGAAUAAAGUUAUCUCAAAAAGUUGUACUUGUAGAUACACACAAGAACAACUGUGCGCAUAUUAAUAUACCUAAACCUUUUGCCCCAACUCCAUUCCCUUCUGUCGGAUUCGGCCGAACGAAGAGGGCACCUCCUCCAACCUCAAACCCCUUUCGGAAACGCAACUGGAAGUGCACUCAAGUAGUGCAGCAGCUUCCUCAUCAUCUUCGGGCACGACAUCUUCGGAGGUGCAGUCUGGGCUCCACAACGGCGUGGCCGGCACCACGGCUGGUGGCAGCAGUAGCAGUAGCUCUAGUUCAUCUUCCUCGGGUAGCAAGAAGCGGCUGGACCACCUCCGUCGCACGAACACCUACACCGCAGCGGAGAUGCGCAAGUUCGACGCGUCGGCGCUCAGCCCGCGGAACAGCAGCAUGCUCGGCGGCGCGGGAAACAAAAACAAUAUCAACACCUCGAAGUCCGUGGGAAGAAUCCGGCACUCGAGCACGACGUUGCACGGUGCUAGUAGUGGAGGGGGAACUACGUCGAUCGGGCAGCAGAGUGGCGGUGGAGGCACUACAAAUUCCAGCGACCCGAAGAUCUUUUUUUUCGACAAGCUGUUUCCCGAGCAGACCACCGACGAUUUCAUCUACGAAAACUCGAUCAAGGAGGAGGUAAACUCCUUUUUAAACGUAUUCUGAGUAAAAACGUCCCCACCCCAGAGUUGUCAUGUAAAUCUGCAUGCCAAAAAAGUUUGCCAUGCGGAGCGCCAUGAGAGGCAUUUUCUAGUCGUGUUUUGGAAUUUGUGAUGCUACAAUCAGCAUGAUAUGCUAGAUCUGUGAUGCUGCUGAACUACCUAAACAGGAUGACACGUACGAGGACAGACUUGUCAUGCCAAACGACCAAAGCUGGCUGAUUUGUCUAGCAGAUUUCCCAUCUUGGCUCUGGUGUGGGGACGUUUUUACAUAGGAUAAAACGGCUUCAAUGUCGCGCUGAUCGCGUACGGGGCCACGGGCUCCGGCAAAACGCACACCAUUUCCCACAUUUUUCGCAACCUCUGCGACCACCUGGGCGAAACCAUGGCCACAGGGCCUGGCUGCGCCAGCAGCGCUACAAGAACCACUUGCGCUACGACCGUCGUCCCGGGAAGAUCAGCAUCAUCAUCAUCCACUUUGGGUGGACGUCCUAGGUCGCUGAAAAUCCAGCUGCUGGAGAUCUACAAUGAGCAGAUUCGCGAUCUCCUCGUCGAAAGCAAAAACCGGACUUCCUCCAACGUGUCGGAGAAAAACUUGCUCAAAAUCACCACGACUGACGGGACAGACAACUCCACCGCAGGAGCUCAACAUGGCGCGAACAAUAGUACAGCCAUCAAAACGGUCGUGCAGAACGCCACCACGAUCGAGCUGGACCUGACAAAAAAUUCCACCCAAAGUUGUACUUCUAUGCAGGACUCGCUGACGCAGAUUUUCGAGUUUGGCAAGCAAAACCGGGCCACCAGCGUGACCAACGUGCACGACCGGAGCAGCCGAAGCCACUUGAUCAUUUCUCUGGAGCUGAUUGUCCACGACGAAAACAAGAACUGCGCAAGGACUGCUUCCAAGCUGACCCUGGUUGACUUAGCGGGGUCGGAGCGGCUGAAGAAGUCCGAAGCGACCGGGGACCGGCUGAAAGAAGCGCAGUACAUCAACAAAUCGCUGUCCGCGCUGCAGGACGUCAUUUGGGCCCUGGAGCGGAAAAUCUCGCACAUUCCGUACCGAAAUUCCAAACUGACCCACCUGCUGCAGGACUCGCUCUGCAACAAGGAGCAGCAGGGUCGCACGGUGAUUUUCGUGACCGUCGACCCGAGAGUGGCGAACACGCAGGAAAGUUUGCAGUCCUUGCAGUUUGUAUCGCAAGAAAAAACUGUUUCACUGUAAAUUUGUGAUGCAUAAAGUGGAACACAGAAGUAUUUGUCUUGCUACACAUGCAAGAAAGAGGAUUUCGAUUUUUAGCUGUGUUUCCCCUUAGGAGGCUUGCAUGGUAAAUUUUCUCUGUCAUCCUGUAGAACGAACUUGUGAUGCAAAACUUGCAAAAUCCUUACCGUGAAACACUUUUGUCGUACGAUAGUUUGGGUCCCGGUUGAAUUCGGUGUCCUUCAAUUCCAUGCUGUACAAAGCGGAAAACCUCUUCUCCUCCGUCGAUCUGCUGGAACAGAACCGGUUGCAGGCAAAGCUCAACGUCGAGGAGAAAAAGUGUCAGGAGCUGAAUAUGACCUGCUCAGCUGUUACAAUCUCAAACGUUACAAUAGAAUCUGAGAUUUGUCUUGCAUGAUCAGCAUGACAGACUCGCAGAGCGUUCUACUUUCUGCAAUACAAAUUUCGCCAGUUUGUAGUGGGGUUUGGGGCUCCGGAACUUGUCAUGCGCAAUCCUAUGAGAGUUGGCUAGCUCAUGCACUCUUGCAUCACAGAUUUCACUAUUCUAUUGUAACGUUUGAGAUUGUAACACCUGAGCGGGUUAUACUGAAACAGGAAAAUGAGAAACUGCACGCCGAGCUGAAGCAAAAGGACGAGAAGGUGCAGGAGUUGCGGCUGGAAAUGCGAGAUAUCCGCGUCAAGCUGCAGCAAUUCAUGCAGACUGCGAACCGCGGCGGGACCGCGGAGAGUGCGAGCAGUGCCGCACCCCUACCGGAACCACAGCGGAACCACAGCGCGUCGACUUUGGAGCACAAAUUCAUGCAGAGUGAAGAGGAGAGACACAGGCAGGGGGCGGAAAUAAAGAGUAUCCUCUGCAAAAAUAUAUUCGUUGGCUUCGUAUGAUUUAGGAGGUUGUCGCAACAUGGCGGGACGUCAAGUAUCCCAUUUUGUCGAACGCGUUUGUCUUCCUUGCUCUUGCAUCGACAAGCUCGGAAAAAAAAUUUCUUUGAUCAUAUAGUUAGAUAUGCCUCGGAACUACAUCAUAUGGAGGCACCAGAAACAAUUUUGCAGACCGUUGCAUAGAGAGGCUUCGAGAGCAACUAGCCGCGGCGUCGACCUCGAUGAAAACCAAUUCUACGGCCUCGACAUCGUCGACUGCAGGCGCCGUCGGCGGGGGAGCUAUAACAGCCGGCGAACAACAGCCGCACGAGAAAACAUAUCCGCACAACAGCAACUACACGACCGGUGCAACUAGCAAGCCUUCGGCUGCCGGGUCGGCUUCCUUCCGACCGCCGAAAAGGGUCGUGGGGGCGGGAAGGGAAUCUACAAACCCAACCGCUCAACAGCAGCACCAACCGCAUACAGGAACGACGCCAGGUCUAAAAUAUUGAUGACAUUUUUUGCUAUCUCCGUCGAAGUGGAAGAUGCCACUGCAUACACGGAGCGUUACUGUUGAAACCUCAGGGGUUGGAUAAAUCUUUCAAUUCCCUUCAUCCAUGCGUGCUAGUCUACAAAAAUUUUUCUUCGUAUAAUGUCAACAACAGGGUUCCGCUCCCCUCGCAGCAGUCGUGGACCAGCGACCUACAAUUCUGGGUCGCCCCGCGGUACCCGGGCCGCCAGCAUGACGCAGCCCGCACCAUCGUCAUCGAAUGCAGGAGCUGUGUACAGCGCGAUGUCACCCCGAGAGCGCGUCAUGGCAAAUAAAGGCGGGACGGCAAUGAGUCAGCACUUGACGAGUCGCGGUAAAAGAUUUUCUUUAUACUUGCAAUUUUCAUUUGUUAUUGUUUGCGUGUAUAAGCUCAUUGUGAUCGAAGGAACAUCAAGAGAGCCGCUGCUUUAGCAGGAACAAGAGAGCGGCGACGCGUAAGUGCGUUGUGCGAGGGAAUUGCGAACAUAAAGAAGAAUACCGCGUUUAUUUUUAUCAUGGCACCGACCCAUCAAAUUCAAAGGUUCCCCCCGCGGACCCCCACAUCAUCCUGCCUCUGCCUCAGUCGGCCAUCGUGUGAGCGCGCGGGGCUCGGUUUCUUCGCAUCAUGCCCCCUCGCAAACCGGGCCGAGAAUCGGUUCCUCUAGCACGACUGUGGGCAGCGGCACCAGGGGAUCUUUGCAGCAAGAGGUCGUGCACCAGCGCGACCAAGCCGAAGAACAACAUCGACCCCCGCCGCACAUCAAAAAGCUAUACAACCAGCAGUCGCUUUCCGCAAACGACGCACAGCUUGCAGAAAGUGCGAGCUCGUCCUAUGCAAGAACGGCAAUCAACACAAGGUCUUCGUUGCAACAGCAUCAACAGCCGCAGCAGCUUACGACCUCACAAAUCGUCGCAACGUCCUCGGCUUCGACUGCGAGUAUUCUGAAACCGACGUCGCUGCUGUUCCCAAGUUGUUCUGGUGGAAGCGCAGAACAGCAGCACCAGCAACAUCAUGCUCAACAUCGUGCUGGCGUCCCUACGGCGACCACCACAACCACGAUUCAGGUCGGACCGGCGGCGACGCGGGGCCCCGUCACGACGCAGUUUGAAAGUGGCACUCUGAGUAGUGGUGGCUCGUCGGGGUCAUCUUCAGGUCAUCAUCGGCAUAGCGGAGCAGUAGGUUCUAGUACCAACAGCCGGGGCCUCGGUGGCAAUCAGCAGUCAACUACGUCUCGCAAUAACGGUGCACCAACUUCUCGGUCCGUCGGCCCUCCUCCGGUUCUUGCCGCGAAGAACACGACCUCUGCUGCGGGGGGGAGCUACAGCAGCCAUUUGACGACACAUCAGAGGGCGCCUGGUCCUCAGCAUAGACAGCAGCACAGCAUUUUGACCACUCCCCAAAGAUAUUUCAUACAACCGGUGACAAGCAGCGAGGCGAAGGAUUUUUGCAAGCAGUACACGCAUCUGCAGGACGUGGAUACGGACAACGCCGAGUGCAUCAUCCUGGGCGCGACCGUUCUGAGCAGUCAAACCGGGCGGCACUUCAGCAACUCAUUUCACGUUCCAGGGGGAGGUGGUCAGCAUGUUGUCACUGGUGGAGCAGGGACGUCGGCAUCUUCACCUCCUAGUGGUUACAACCAUUUACUCCGGGGCGGCGGCUCUGUCGGCAGCAAGGACUCCUCUGGCGGUGGCGCGGGUAGUUUCGUGCUAGGCGGAGCAGGAACCCUGCAGCGUGUGGACUCUCAGGUGUCCGUUUCGAGCACGGGCAGUGAGAUCAAGUACCGCCUGCAGAAAAGUUUGAUGAUGUCCCGCAGGGGCGCGAGUGGUGGAAGUGGUUCGGGGCCGAGUGGCGGGCUGGCCGCAACUCCGAACGCGAGCCGAACCGUGAGAACGGGGACGCGGCGGUGAAUGUAGCGGGACGAGGGACUUUGUUAUGCAUGAAGCAUUCUAGAUCUAGUACCCUUACUAGGUUUCACCUAAGAUGAACCAAGAAAACUUUUUAAGAAACGAACCGGACUUCUCUUUUAACGAUAACGAAGUCCGUGCCAGUUGUCGGCCGAUUUAAGAAGCCUUUCUACUGCCAUAGGAUAGUAGUACCCAUACCGAUUUAUCAUCAUCAUGCUCGUGGAUUGCCUUCGCCACAACUUCGUUAUGCAGGAGCACACAUGAAGAAUCGACAUCGAAGCCGAGAGCAGGUGGAAACUCGAAAAAAUCUAAAGGCACUUGAGUUCCAUCAGCAGACCUUUCACUCGAUUAUAAAAAUAUUAAGAUGAGAAUACAGCUGAGCAAAGGAAAAGAAGUUUAGAAUCUCCUGUUAGCACUCUGCAGGGGCGACCCGGGUCGUGGUCGCCGUUGAGAGUCGGAGUUGAGCAAUGUUUUUGAAUGUGGUGGAAAAAAUAGAUUAGCACCUAGAUGAAUAACGAGAAGGUGCAAACUAACGGAAUGAAAAUGAAAGUCAAAGUUCGGAUAAUGAUCGACUCUAGGACAGCACACAAUUAAGCAGAAAUCAAUAGACGUGCGAAAUCAACACAUGAGAAGGCUUAAUAUUACGGCAGAUUUGUUUAUCAAGUAGUUCGAGACAUCAUAGCCGUGUGUCGCCAGGAGCCAGCAUGGGCGAUCCUACCUCCAACCAAGAUCGAAAGCUG